AUGGCGGGAAGUGGAUCUCAACUGAUGGGCAUCUUCACCCACCAGAUCAGCCAGGGCAUCGCCGAACAUAGGAAGAAUGUCGAGCGCUCACGCGGCAUGCUCCAGAGCAUGCUUCCCAUUUCCGAACCCGACCUCCUCAACAUCUGGAACACCGCCCAGCUCCUCGCCGACUCCAAUCCCGCCGCCGAGCAAACCUGGAAAGUCGAGCUAGCCAUCUUCAAAGCCAUCGCAAAUGUGCACUGGCAGCAAUGGGACCACAACAACCACGCAAAAAACCGCGUCGACCUUGGCAGCUUCAUCAAGAACAGCAUGGCUCGGCUCCAGAUCUGGCAGUUUCUGUACGUCGCGCGCUUGUAUUCUACUAUGGCGCACACCAUCGGCGCAGUCUACCAUGACAGCAUCUCGAAGGAGACGGUGGCCCCGCUGCACUUCUACAUCAAGGGCACGUAUCCGAGCCUUGCGCUGGCGACGACGGGUGCCGAGGCCGAAAAGAAGUCGGAUAAGAUGUACCGCAUGCGCAUCCAGGACAUCUUGUUCCAUUUCCGCCUGGUGCAAAAUGCCUCUCUCACCGUCUCCCAGCGCUACUACUCGAAGCAAUACGUCGCCGAAGUCUUCGCAAGCGCUGGGUUAACAGCCUCGAGCUAUGACGCCAUGGCGCUCUUGAACACCAUCGGGUUUAAAGGGACGAAUGGGAGAACCCUCACUGGCCAGGGUAUCGCCCACGCCUCGCUCGGAACCGAUCUACACACGGUUCACAAUGUCGACUUGGGCAAUGGCGUCAAUCGACAAACACUCAUCGUUGCACUCAUUGCUGCCUAUGCUAGCUUCCAGGGCAACUUCGGCUGGUCGUGGUUCAAUCGCAUUCUCAUACAAGGCGCGUGGCCUUGGCUGGGCGGGUACAGCAAGAGCUAUGCGAAGACGGUUUUUGCGGCCAUGGUGUGCUUGUUCUGUUGUGUUCGGCAUGGGCAUGCGUGGAGUGGAGUCGGAGAUUUGAUCUUGAGGUUGGCUCGGAAGUUGGUGGAUCCGAAUUGCUUUGGUGCGGGGAGAGUGAGGGUUAGGGCGGGUGGAAGGCUGGCUGGCGGGAAGGUGCUGUAUGAGCCUGUGCCGAAGGCGAAGGAAGAUAAGAAAAAGGGAGAGAAGAAAGAAGGACAUGAGAAGGAAAACGCAGAAAGCAGUGAUGAGAAGGCGCCCGUUACUGUCGACGUCACUCCAGACGCAGAAGUCUUGUCUCAGCCAGCCUGGACGCCUUCCACGCCUGCGUCAGCACAAGAUACCUCUUCGCAGCCUCUACCACCAUGCCGCCACAUCAUCCCCGGUCAGCCCUGCAACCACGGAGUCGAUCUUCGCUUCACGGGCCGCAUCGCUCUCGUCUCUUCCCUCACUGAGCUGGAGAUCGCUUGUAACAGCAGGACCACAGGGCCUCCUAAUUCGAAGUCUCCGGUCGUCGUAUGCAAGACCUAUAACAACGCCCACGGCCAGCUGGAAGCUGAGACGUUCUUGCGGCGCGAGAGGAUUCUUUCAGUGAGGAAGGGGGAUAAGCAGUGCGUGUCUUGCGCGGUGAGAUUGGGGCAUUUGGUUGGUGCUGUUGCUAUCGUUGUUUGA